AUGGCUAUCUUGGACGCAAACACCACUAACGAUCACGACCUUAUGCAGCAGCUAUGGACAGUUAUCACUGAGCUUGGGGAGCAGCUUAGCCAGAACCGCAGCAUGUCGGUCUCAUUAUAUGGACUAGCCGGAAAAUUGAAGGCAAAUUCUACUACUCAAGCAAUAAAUUCACAAACGGGCUUCGUGCUACGUCGGUUUAACAUGGACAAGUCGAAGGAGGAAUACGAUGCCGAGUUAGAGAGUAUGAAUAACGCCAUGACGUCGGAGAAUCAAAGCCUGCAGCACGACAAUAAGCAAUUGAAUACCCUGAUAAAGGAGUACGAACAAACCCUGGAAACCCUUAUGAGUGCAUUUCGAACGCGAGCACAACACGUGCAAGAACGUGAACUAUCCUUGAUACGUGAAUAUGAGGCUAAAUUGCUGGCACGAGAAGAAGAAAACGCAGAGUCAAGUCUUGACUCAAGUACUGCCAUAUCCAAUUCACUUGUCCGACUGUCACAUCUCCUUAGGCAAGUGCUUCGAUCGCAAAAUGGAGAAGACGCCGACUCUCCUGUUACCCGGACGGAUGACGUUGAAGACCGUGAACCAUGGACGGCAGCAGCGGCUUCCGAAUACGCAUUAGAACGAGAUAUUGAACUUGCCCGGCUUGAAAAAGAAAACGAAGAAUUACGAAGGCUCAUGGGCCUGCUUCCUUCAUAUCCCAGAAAAGAUAGUGGAUCAGAUUUUCGGCCAAUCUUUGAAGCCCCGCAUCCCAUGCGCCUUCCCAGUAUGCAAAAAGUAGGCCCAGGAGCCAGCGGGAAACCCAGUCCAAUGUAG